AUAGAAGAAAAAGUACCACAAAGGUCAGUGUAUAUGGAUCCACGAUGUAUUACUGAAGCUCAUCUGUGCUGCAACUAUAGCCACGUUUUAGUACCAAAGUUACAGAAUGGCCACUGAACCGAAACGACCAAAGAUUGUUGAAGAGCGGCAAGAUAGUCUGAAUGUAUUUCUCCAGUGGUGUGGACAAAUUGGUUUGGAGCUCAAUGAGAAGGUUUGCGUAGGUCUUGAAGGGACUGUAGCAGAGUAUGGGAUGUUGGCGAAAGAAGAUAUUGAUGAAAGAGAGGUGUUGUUUACUGUACCCAGAAAAGCUAUUCUUCAUCAGGAGUCAUCGAAGGUCUCUGGUGUGCUAGACAAAGAAAAGAUUACAUUGGACAGUGCCUCAAGCUGGGUCCCUCUACUCCUGGCUUUGCUGCAUGAGUAUACAUCGCCACAGUCGUUCUGGAGGCCAUACCUCUCUCUAUGGAAUGACUUUAGAAAACUGGACCAUCCCAUGUUUUGGUCUAAAGAGGAGAGGGACACACUUUUAAAGGGAACAGGAAUUCCUGAAGCUGUGAACACAGAUUUAGAUAAAAUUCAUAAAGAAUAUUCAGAUGUUGUCCUCCAAUUGAUCACCAAGUACUCUGAAUACUGGACCCCCAACAUACACACUCUGGAUCUUUACACAAAUCUGGUGGCCUUUGUCAUGGCAUACAGUUUCCAAGAACCCAAUGAAGAGGACGAUGAUGAAGAUGAAGAUGAAGAAGAUAAAGCACCAAACCCCCCGAUGAUGGUGCCCAUGGCUGAUAUGCUAAACCACGUAGCAAAUCACAAUGCUCAACUGGAAUUCACCCCAGAGAGUUUAAAGAUGGUUAGCAUACGGCCAAUUUGCAAAGGUGAAGAGGUUUUUAACACAUACGGCCAGAUGGCAAACUGGCAGCUACUGCACAUGUAUGGAUUCACAGAGCCUUUUCCAAGCAACAGCAACGACACAGUGGACAUCCCUGUCAGCAACUUCUUCACAGCUGCAAGAGAUAUUAAAACAGAUUUUGAGUUGUCGCUUUUGGAUGAGAAAUGGAGAUUGUUGAAUCAAAUAGAAGGGAAUGAUGCAAUCAUUUUUGGAAACCAGGGAUGUCUCACAGACUCCACUCUUAAUACUGUAUUGAAGGUGUUUUGCAUGUCGCAGGAGGAGUUUUUGGAUUUGAAAGAAAAUGAAGGAUGGGAAGAGGACAAUGAUGAGGAAGAUACUGCCACUGCGUUGUCUAAUGAGGGACUACCCAAGUUAAAGACCAUAUGGAAAAAGCUUAUUCAUGGCGCAGCUAGACUGACUUUAAGCUGUUAUACAGAGAGCAACGAGGUGGCAGAGGAAAAAGAUGACCCUGAUAAGAUGUUGAUGGAGGACAAAAAAUCCCUUGCCAAAUUGAGUAGCAGGCAGCAAAGGGCUUUACAUGUGCGAUAUGGACAGAAGAGCAUUCUGCAUAAACUCUUAGAGCUCACAAAUUAAGAGAAUUGAUCAAAAACUCAGUGAACCUACUUUUUCCAUAAUGGGUUUUAUACUAGCCACUGAAACAAAAAAUGUCUAAUUAAUAAAAAAUCAAAUAGUCUUUCCUAAGUAGGAGCUAAAAUAUGAUGGGUGCAGGUUUCUUUAGAUAUUAUAUGCUGCGAUUUUAUACUCCUCUUUUUCCUUAUUCAAAUGUUUGAAUGGAACAAUGCUUCCUGACCUUUUAAGAAAUCAAAACACAAAAUACAUUGUUUUCUAUCUCUUGAUUAACAUCUAGGCAUUGUAACAAUGUAACUGCGUUUGUUUGACUGACUAUAAAACUAUUAUUCACAAACUAAUUUUGAACAUUCCAAAAAGUACUCAUAAGUAAAAACAGCCUAUGGAUCGCUGGUCAUGUUUUUAAACUAGUAGUUGUAUUACACCAGUAGCAUUUAAAAAAAAAAUUAAAAAAAAUCCAGACUUGCAUCUUUGUAAAAUAUUGAGGAAGUUUGUAUUCCGGAUCUCAAGCAACUAGUUAAGAGGUUUAUAAUUUCCCUUCCUAGUUAUCCUUUUUCAUACUGUAAACAUGCACCAAAGCUCAAGAUACUGUAAGAUUACAUGAAAUCAAAUUUUUGUUAAUUCAUGUUUAAAUUGUUAGAAAAAUGUGCUACUUGCAUGUAAAUUGUCAUUUGCAAUUGGUAUUUGUGAAAAGUCACUAUGUUAAUACACAAAUCAGACAGUUAUUAUGCAUUACCGCAGAUAUUAUCCCACCAAAUAAAGUAAUAAUUAGUUGAACA